GGGCCUUCGCCUUCACAGUUAACAUUGCUCCCUUCACACCAUCCCAUCUUGCUCAUAACCCGUCUUGCUCAUUACCCAUCUCCCCAUCCUCUUAUCCCCCAUCUCCCCAGCCUCUUAUCCCCGCACAUCUUCUGCUCACCUCUCUCCGACCGAGCAGAGAGCAUCCUUCACAAACAUUUCACUCAUUCAUGCCAUGCUCGGUCGUAUUUUUUAAUCGCCUUAUUUAAAAAGAAACACUCUGUACACAGCGUUCCACGACCAGGCGGCUUGGAAAAAUCUUCAGACCGCUUGAUUGUCUUGUCCCGUCCAUUUUCAAAAGCAUCGCAAAAUGCUUCUUCGACUCUUGCCUCGUCCUACCCAGUCGACUCCAUCGCCUCUCACUAUCUUGUUUACCUUAUCCGUUCCCAAUCACCCUUACACCUCAUGCUCCCUUCCACUUCCUCCGGCUCUACUUUCGCAUCGUAAUCUUUGCCUCCAAGAGGGCAUUGAAUGCCCUAAUGUCCUCUUAGGUGAAAGUUCAAGUUGGAUUGCAAUCAUCAUUGAAGAUGUCACAUUCUCCCUUCCUCUUUCGACCAUCGCUGUCAAUUUUACAGACGGUACCUCAAUCACCAUGCCGAUAACCGAAGGAUGUGCUAAGGCAUUGGAGAAUGUCGUAGAGCAAGUGCAGAUGUCAUUUUCGACGGCAGGCACCAGUAGAAGUCCUCCUACCAGUCCAGGAGUCAGCACUUGUGGUUCACCGAGCUCCACGUCAAGCACAAAUGGCUGGUCAGCAUCAUCUGAGACAGAUAAGGUGUCUCGUCGAACCCCAUCGUCACUUUUGUUUUCGCUCUUAUCGCCUCUCAUUUCCAACAAUCCCCAAUCCGCGCUCACUGCAGUUUCCGAUGCGGCGUCGCACGUCAGUAAGGCAAAUAGCGCCCGUGUGCACCGUCGACAAGCUCGAUCAAUUCUUGUCGACACUUACCGACGAUACGUUCUCCCUAUACUCAAAGAGGAACUCCCUUCAGCCUAUCUGCCCUGGUCAGUGAACUCUGAGAGCGAACGAUUGUUAGGAGAGUUCGAGAAGGUGAAAGACGAUGUUGUCGGGAUCUUGACGAGAUCUAACGUCGAUAUGUUCGAGCUGAGACGGAAAAUGAUUCCAUUUACCCGAUGUCGAUCAUCAUCGUCCUCGUCUCUAGAUGAGGAGACGUCUUCUUCAUCCGCCGAUACCGAAACUUGUUCCUCGCCAUUGACCCCAGCCACGUCGGUUUCCUCGACUCCCUCUUGCCCAACACCGGGUUUUGAUCCAAAAUCGUUUCGUACUCCACAAGCAUUCAUAGCAUCCCUUCCUGUUGUCCACACCGUCCCGCAUCAUCUACGUUCAUCCUACGCGCCGCUCUAUGCACGUCUCGAGCAUCUUGUCACCCGACUGAGUCAAAUGAAAAAGCUCGGUUUGAGGUACGAGAGAGAAGAAGGAAAACGUCGUUGGCUCGAUGGCCUCGAGCGUGGGCGGCUAGCAGAUAGAGCCGUAAGGCGUGGAUGGAGCAGUAAACAACUGCCCCGGGAAGUGAAGGAAACUCUGAACGCUACGCCAUUGAAAGGCUCAAAGUUGUGGAAAUCCAUUACUGCAGAAGAAAUGGAGAGGAAAGAAUCGGAAAGGGAGGUUCAUUCGGCCAUGUUGGAGGAUACACCGUACGCUUCAUACGGGGAGCAAGACUCUGAUAGCGAGUCAGAAUCCGGUGAAGAGCAGCUUCCCGUUACGCCUACUGCGAAGUCCAUCUUCACAUCCUACCCCCUCAUUCGUCCUGCUAUCCCUAGUUUGUGCGAUCAGAUAAACAAUACGUCUUCUCUUUCCGUCACUUCUAUGCCUGCAGACAGCGACUUAGAUGAGCCUGCUGAAGUAGAGCACAUCAAAGAGACCUUUUCUUCGGUGGAACCUACACGACCGUCUUACAACUCGACUCGUUCAUGGGAAGAUAAUCCAAUGGUGGGCAAGGUCACUUCGGCGAUGGGAAGCUUGCUUCUUGCGGGACCAUUGAUCAAAGCCAAGUUGGCAAUAUCAGGAAAGGAUGUGGGCGAAGAAAUGCAAAUUGAAGGGUUUUAUGGCCAAUGCGGGCUGCAUGUUUAGAGCCUCUUGCAUCAUUUGUGAAACUGCAAGACUGUUAUUGGGGUUUUUGAUUUCGCCCUUUUUUUCCUUUUCCUGCUUUCUUGGACGUUUACUGUUAGACCCUUCUGUACCAUGUUUCCUAGACAACCUUUGGACAAUUCUUUGUAAUGGAAAUUAGAGCAUUGUAUGUAGUAUCCGGUAGAAAAAUUCCUGUUUACUCAAAAAUACUUUUCAUAUUAGUGGAAAACCCUACAUCUUUUGUUCAUCAAGUCAUCAUCGUUAUCAUUUCUAGACAUUCGUUUGCGUCAGUUUUAGGGUUUCGUUGAUAUGAACAGUGUACACGAUU